AUGAUAUUCUCACCUUUCAAGAUGGCUUUAAGCAAAAAAAUUGUGGUAUUGGUCCUUUUGUUAUUUGCAAAUUUCAUUCAUACUGAAGCAUGGCGUCGACAUCAUAAGUUUUUCGUGAAGGAAGCAUCAUAUACACGACUUUGUGCAACAAAAAACAUUUUAACAGUAAAUGGGCAAUUUCCAGGACCAACGUUGUAUGUUCAUGAAGGAGAUACAAUUUAUGUCAAGGUCCAUAACAAUGGAAGAUACAACAUCACCAUUCAUUGGCACGGUGUAAAGCAACCACGGAAUCCAUGGAGCGAUGGUCCUGUAUAUAUCACACAGUGUCCGAUUCAACCAGGCGAUUCGUUUAACUACAAGAUCAUAUUCUCUUCAGAGAUCGGGACACUUUGGUGGCAUGCUCAUAGCGACUGGCUUAGAGCCACUGUCCAUGGCGCUAUCAUCGUGUACCCCAAACAUGGAAGGAGUUAUCGCUUUCCCAAACCCCAUCAAGAAGUGCCCAUAAUUUUCGGCGAGUGGUGGAAGGAAGAUGUUAGGGAAGUGCUCCGGGAAUUUGUUGCGUCAGGUGGUGGCCCAAGAAACUCCGAUGCUUAUACCAUCAAUGGUCAACCUGGUGAUCUUUAUCCGUGCUCGAGCCAAGAUACGUUCAUGUUAAAUGUGGAAUACGGGAAAAGGUAUCUUUUGCGUAUGGUAAAUGCAGCGAUGAAUGAAAUCCUUUUUUUCGCCAUUGCCAAUCAUUCACUAACAGUUGUGGGAGCCGAUGGUAGCUACACCAAGCCAUUUACAAAAGAUUAUGUAAUAAUCGCCCCUGGUCAAACACUUGAUUGCUUGUUAGAAGCAAACCAAAAGGCGAGGGGUAGUUACUACAUGGCUGCUAGAGCAUAUUCCACGGCCUUGCCUUUUGAUAACAGCACCACAACCGCGAUCCUUAAUUAUGGUGAUUCUUUACCAACAACCACUUCACCUCUACUCCCUUCAUUACCAUUUUACAAUGAUACCACUGCAGCUUUUGACUUUCUUGGCAACCUUAGAUACCCAGAUCCGCUCUUAUUCCCAUUAAACAAGUACGAUACACGGAUAAUUUCCACCAUUUCUGUAAACACACUCCCAUGUGCGAAUGCUUCUUGUGCUGGACCAAAUGGUAAUCGACUAGCGGCUAGUAUGAACAACAUAAGUUUUGUAUCUCCGUUUAUUGAUAUACUUGAAGCAUACUAUUAUCACAUCAAUGGCGUUUUUGGCACACGGUUUCCUAGGGUUCCUCCAUUGUUUUUCAACUUUACGGGUACCAACUUACCAACGAUCCUACUAACGCCAGAGAGGGCUACAGAAGUGAGGGUGAUCCGGUAUAAUUCGAUCAUAGAAGUGGUUUUUCAAGGGACUAAUCUGGUUGGUGGGCUUGAUCAUCCUAUGCAUUUGCAUGGAUUCAAUUUUUACGUUCUGGGAUGGGGAUUUGGUAACUUUGACAAAAAGAAGGACCCCAAGAACUAUAACCUUGUCGACCCGCCAUACCGAAACACUGUCAUUGUUCCGAUAAAUGGAUGGGCUGCGAUUAGGUUCAAGGCUCAUAACCCAGGAGUAUGGUUUUUGCAUUGUCAUUUGGAACGUCACCUUACUUGGGGUAUGGAAACAGUAUUCAUUGUUAAAGAUGGCAAAAGGGCUCAAGAACGCAUCCUACCACCACCACGACACAUGCCACGAUGCUAA